ACUCCCUCUUCAGUCUGAGUAGCACCCUCAAAACCCUAGCAUUUCCUUUACAAAGAGAGGAGGUUAAAGAGACGGCGCCGUUUCGCUGUCCGCCUUGACAUAGCACCACCGCUUCGUCUUGGCCCUCGAUUUUGCACCUCUUUUUCUUUGUCUUCGAAACUCGCAAUCUUCAUCACCAUCAAAAAUGGCACCAAAACCUACCAAGGCUGAGAAGAAGAUCGCUUACGAUGCUAAGCUCUGCAAGCUUCUCGAGGAAUACACUCAGAUCCUUGUUGUCAAUGCCGAUAACGUUGGAUCUAACCAGCUCCAGAACAUUCGCAGGGGUCUUCGUGGUGAUUCCAUUGUUCUUAUGGGCAAGAACACCAUGAUGAAGCGUUCUGUUAGGAUGCACGCUGAGAGUACUGGAAACAAUGUGUAUCUCAGCCUUAUCCCCCUUCUUGUUGGAAACGUGGGAUUGAUCUUCACUAAAGGUGACUUGAAGGAGGUUAGCGAAGAGGUUGCUAAGUACAAGGUUGGAGCACCGGCUCGUGUUGGUUUGGUUGCUCCGAUUGAUGUUGUUGUUCCUCCGGGCAACACAGGGCUUGACCCCUCACAGACCUCUUUCUUCCAGGUGUUGAACAUUCCAACUAAGAUUAACAAGGGUACUGUCGAAAUUAUCACCCCUGUAGAACUUAUUAAGAAGGGUGACAAGGUCGGCUCUUCUGAAGCUGCAUUGCUUUCCAAGCUUGGCAUCAGGCCCUUCUCAUAUGGUCUUGUUGUCCUUUCUGUGUAUGACAACGGUUCAGUGUUUAGCCCUGAGGUUCUUGACCUCACUGAGGAUGACCUUGUUGAGAAGUUUGCCGUUGGAGUCUCGAUGGUGACUGCACUCUCAUUGGCCAUCUCAUACCCAACACUUGCUGCUGCCCCACACAUGUUCAUCAAUGCCUACAAAUUCCCAGAGGCUGACAAGGUUAAGGAGUAUUUGAAGGAUCCAAGCAAAUUUGCUGUGGCUGCUGUUGCUGCUCCUGCUGCUGCUGCCGGUGGUGCGCCAGCUGCUGCUGCCAAGGAAGAGGAAAAGAAGGAAGAGCCUGCUGAAGAAUCUGAUGAUGACAUGGGCUUCAGUUUGUUUGAUUAGGUUGCUUCCGGUUUUUAUUGAGUUGAGUUUGAGCGCUUGUGUUACAGAUUUGAUAAGUUCAGUGUUUAGUGUUACUCAUCCUAGGUUAUGCUAGUUAUGUUAUAUUGGUGUUCUUUUAUAAUUCAACGACUGAAUUUAGUUUCCGAAUUUUGAUGAUAUAAUUAAAUUUUUGUUUCAAA